UCUGUUUAUUUAAUUUGUACAUCUCUCGUCCCCUCAAUUAGCACAAAAUUCAUUUCAAUUUCAGUUAAUUGACUCAAUAAGUGGAAUGUAAAAUGCUGAUUCUUGGUUUUUAAGUUUGAUUUUAUUUGGAUAUAAAGGACAAUUCCAAUUUUUUCUUGAUUCGUUAGAGGCUAAAAGAUUUCGGAUCUGAAGAAUCUAGUCACAAUGACAAUAGAGAAUUCCGAGCUCACCACGGAGCAGCUGAGAAAGCCUUCUCAUCCUAGCUGUAGCGUUCCUGCUGCAAUCAAUUGCCUUGCAACUCUGUUGAAGGAACCUAUUGUUCGAUCUUCAUUUGUUCAAGCUGACGGAGUGAAGCUGCUUGUUCCUUUAAUUACACCAGCAUCUACUCAGCAGUCCAUUCAGCUUCUCUAUGAGACAUGUCUAUGUGUCUGGCUUUUGUCUUACUAUGAACCUGCAAUCGAGUACUUGGCUACUUCUAGGGCCCUACCUCGAUUGGCAGAAGUUGUUAAAGGUUCGACAAAGGAGAAGGUAGUCAGGGUUGUCAUCUUGACUCUUAGGAAUUUGCUUUCCAAAGGAACAUUUGGUGCUCAGAUGGUAGACGUUGGAGUGCUGCAAAUUGUACAGAACUUGAAAGCACAGGCUUGGAGCGAUGAGGACCUUUUGGAUGCUCUGAAUCAACUUGAAGAAGGUUUGAAGGACAACAUCAAAACAUUGAGUUCAUACGACAAGUACAAGCAGGAAGUUCUACUUGGCAAUCUUGAUUGGUCCCCUAUGCAUAAAGAUCCUCUAUUCUGGAAGGAAAAUAUAAAUAAUUUCGAGGAGAAUGGAUUUCAGAUAUUGAGAGUGCUUAUGACAAUUUUGGAUACAUCAAGUGAUGCAAGGACACUUGCUGUCGCUUGCUACGAUUUGUCUCAGUUCAUUCAAUGCCAUCCUGCCGGGCGAAUCAUAGUGGCCGACCUCAAAGCUAAGGAACGCGUAAUGAAACUAUUGAAUCAUGAAGCUGCAGAGGUCACGAAAAAUGCAUUGCUUUGCAUCCAGAGGCUUUUCUUAGGUGCCAAAUAUGCCAGCUUUUUGCAGGCUUAAAUUAUCUUCAAUUGGCUUCAUUCUUCAGACAAAACUAUACAUAUCUUGUUAUUUUCUUAGGUCAUGUUCUAUUUAUUCAUUUUAUCUUAUUGUUUAAUGGGAUUGGGUCUCUAUCUUUUCAAGGUAGGGGUAAGGUUUGCGUACUUACUAUCUUCCCCACACUGAGUUUGUUGUUAUUCUUUAAUGUGAUUGGAGCGACAUUGACGGUGAGGAUUCAUAUAGCCGAUCUCAGCUUGUUUUGAGACUGUAACGUGCUUAUUGUUUUGAUGAGAUUCUCACUCGGAAUAAUUCCUUAUUCUAUCCAAUAAAUCAAUUUUUUCGUACCAUUUA